AUGAUAUUUUUUCUUCAUUUGUUACUUUGUUUCUUUUCUUUCUUUCUUUCUUUCUUUCUUUCGGGUGAAUUUUUCUUUCAUUUUAAAGUUGCAUUUGUUUUUUAUCUCCUUCUGGCUCUUUGUUUACGUGUCUGUUUUUUUCUUUGUUUCUUUGGGUUUUUUUUGUUUUUUUUUGUUUUUUUUUCUAUUAAUUUUUCGAUCAUUCCAAAGUUGAAUUUUCUUAUUUUUCUUUCAAUUCCUUCGUUUUCUUUCUUUCUUUCUUUCUUUCUUUCGGAUGAAUUUUUCUUUCAUUUUAAAGUUGCAUUUGUUUUUUUAUCUCCUUCUGCCUCUUUGUUUAUGUGUCUGUUUCUUUCUUUGUUUCUUUGUUUUUUUGUUUUUUUCGUUUUUUUUCUAUUAUUUUUUCAAUUUCUUUCUUUCUUUUUUCUUUCUUUCUUUCUUUUUCUUUUCUUUUCUUUUUUUUCUGAUUUGAAUUUUCUUUUUUUCUCCUUCAUUCCGGCUUUUUCUUUGUGCUUUCUUUCUUGUAUUAUUUUUUUGUUUUUUUUUCAUUUUCUUCUUUCAUUCUUUUCGACUUUCUUUCCUUCUUUAUUUCUUUUCUUUCUUUCUUUCUUUCUUCUUUUUCAUUUUUUUUUUUCUUUCUUUGCCUUUUUUUAUAUGUUUUUUCAUUUCUUUUUUCUUUCUUUUUUCUUUUUGCGACUUCACUUUCCUUGUAUAUUUACUUGCUUCAUUCUUUUCUUUUUCCUUCUUUCCUUUCUUUCUUUCUUUCUUUUCUUUCCUUUCGGCUGUGUAGCUGCAUAUUUAUUUGAUUCUUUUUCUUUCUUCUUUCUUUCUUUUUUUCUCAGUUUAAUUCAUUUUUUCUUUGCUGGCCUCUUUUUCUUCUUCCUUUCAUUUCCUUCUUUCUUUUCCUAUCGGCUGUUUUCCUGCAUAUUUGUUUUCUUUCUUUUUUUCUUUCUUUCCUUUUUUGUUUUUCUUUUAAUUCAUUUUUUGCUGUCUUUUUCCUUCAUUCCUUUCAUCGGCUGUGUAGCUGCAUAUUUGUUUGAUUCUUUUCUUUCAUUCUUUCUUUUUUGUUACUUUUUUUCUCUAGUUUUAAUUCUUUCUUUUCUUUUUAAUUCAUUUCUUUUUGCUGGCAUCUUUUUUCCUUCAUUCCUUUCAUUCCUUCUUUCUUUUUCCUAUUUAAUUCAUUUCUUUGCUGGCCUCUUUUUUCUUUUCAUUUCCUUUCAUUUUCUCUUUUCCUUCUUUCUUUUCCUAGUUUUAAUUCAUUUCUUUGCUGGCAUCUUUUUGCAUCAUUUGUUUGAUUUCUUUUUUUUCUCUUUCAUUUUUUUUGAUUCUUUCCUUUUUUUUUGUUCCUUUUUUUCUUUUCUCAGUUUAAUUCAUUUCUUUGCUGGCUUUUUUUUUUCCUUCAUUCCUUUCCUUCCUUCUUUCUUUUCCUAUUUAAUUCAUUUCUUUGCUGGCCUCUUUUUUCCUUCAUUCCUUUCCUUCCUUCUUUCUUUCCUACUGCAUAUUUGUUUGAUUCUUUUUCUCUUUCAUUCUUUUCUUUCCUUUUUUUUUGUUUACUUUCUCUCUCAGUUUAAUUCAUUUCUUUGCUGGCCUCUUUUUUUCCUUCAUUCCUUUCAUUCCUUCUUUCUUUUCCUAGUCGGCUGUGUAGCUGCAUAUUUGUUUGAUUCUUUUUCUCUUUCAUUCUUUCUUUCCUUUUUUGUUGCUUUCUUUCUCAUCGGCUGUGUAGCUGCAUAUUUGUUUGAUUCUUUUUCUCUUUCAUUCUUUCUUUCCUUUUUUGUUGCUUUCUUUCUCAUCGGCUGUGUAGCUGCAUAUUUGUUUGAUUCUUUUUCUCUUUCAUUCUUUUUCCUUUUUUUAUUUGCUUUUUGUUGCUUUCUUUCUCAGUUUAAUUCAUUUCUUUUGCUGGCCUCUUUUUUCCUUCAUUCCUUUCCUUCCUUCUUUCUUUUCCUAGUCGAAUUCUGUGUAGCUGCAUAUUUGUUUGAUUCUUUUUUCUCUUUCAUUUCUUUCUUUCCUUUUUUUGUUUUGUUGCUUUCUUUCCAGUUUAAUUCAUUUUCUUUGCUGGCAUCUUUUUCCUUCAUUCCUUUCAUUCCUUCUUUCUUUUCCUAUUUAAUUCAUUUCUUUUUGCUGCAUCUUUUUUUUCUUCAUUCCUUUCAUUCCUUCUUUCUUUUCCUAGUCGGCUGUGUAGCUGCAUAUUUGUUUUCUUUUUUCUCUUUCAUUCUUUCAUUCUUUUUCUUUCUUUCUCAUUUUUUCUUUCAUUUCUUUUUCCUUCCUGGCUUUCUGUUUAUUUGUUUUUCUUUUUCUCUUUCAUUCUUUCUUUCCUUCUUUCUUUCCUUUUUCAUUUUCUUUCUUUUUUUCAGUUUUCAAUUCUUUUCUUUUUCUUUCUUUCUUUCUUUUUUCUUUUCUCUUCAUUCUUUCUUUCAUUUUGUUCUUUCUUUUCAUUUUUCUUUCUUUCCUUUUUUGUUUUUCUUUCUUUCUUUUCAGUUUAAUUCAUUUCUUUUCUCUUUCUCUUUUUUCCUUUCUUUCCUUUCAUUCCUUCUUUCUUUUUCCUUCAUCGGCUGUGUAGCUGCAUAUUUGUUUGAUUCUUUUUCUCUUUCAUUCUUUCUUUCCUUCUUUGUUGCUUUCUUUCCUAUUCCAUUGUUUUUUGCUGCCUUCUUUAUUCCUUUUUCUUCCUGUUUUCCUUUUAUUUUUUAUUUUGUUUUUCUCCCUUCCUUCUUUUCCGUAUUUCUUUUCUUUCUUCCUUUUUAUCGAAUUUCUUUAGUUUUAUAUUUUCAAAAUGUCCUUUCUCCAUUCUUUCCUCAUUUUUCCUUUGUUAUUUUUAUUAUGUAUCUUUCUAUGUUUCUUUUUCUAAUUGCAUUUUUUCUUUUUUAUAAUAUAUUCAUUCUUACUUUCCUUCUUUCAAUCAUGCAUUCUUUCAUAUUUGUCUAUUUCUUAUUCAUUCUUUCUUUCUAUCCUUCCUUUAUUUUUCAUUCAUUUCUCUUCUUUUAUUUAUUCUUUCAUUCAUUUGUUAUUCCUUCUUUCCGUCCAUCCUCCCUUAUUUUCAUUCAUUUCUUUUUCCUUCAUUUAUUCUUUCAUUCAUUAGUUAUUCCUUCUUUCUUUCCAUCCUUCUUUUAUUUUUCAUUCGUUUAUUUUUCCUUCAUUCAUUCUUUCAUUCAUUUCUUAUUCCUUCUUUCUUUCUAUCCUUCCUUUAUUUUUCAUUCAUUUCUCUUCUUUUAUUUAUUCUUUCAUUCAUUUGUUAUUCCUUCUUUCUUUCCAUCCUCCCUUAUUUUCAUUCAUUUCUUCUUCCUUCAUUUCUUCUUUCAUUCAUUAUUAUUCCUUCUUUCUUUCUAUCCUUCCUUUAUUUUUCAUUCAUUUCUCUUCUUUUAUUUAUUCUUUCAUUCAUUUGUUAUUCCUUCUUUCCUUCCAUCCUCCCUUAUUUUCAUUCAUUUCUUUUUCCUUCAUUUAUUCUUUCAUUCAUUAGUUAUUCCUUCUUUCUUUGAUCCUUCCUUUAUUUUUCAUUCAUUUCUUUUUCCUUCAUUUAUUCUUUCAUUCAUUUCUUAUUCCUUCUUUCUUUCUAUCCUUCCUUUAUUUUUCAUUCAUUUAUCUUCUGUUAUUUAUUCUUUCAUUCAUUUGUUAUUCUUUCUUUCCUUCCAUCCUUCCUUUAUUUUCAUUCAUUACUUUUUCCUUCAUUUAUUCUUUCAUUCAUUUGUUAUUCAUUCUUUCUUUCCAUUCUUCUUUUAUUUUUCAUUCAUUUCUUCUUUUAUUUAUUCUAUCAUUCAUUCGUUAUUCCUUCUUUCCUUCUAUUUGUUAUUCCUUCAUCCUUUCAAUCUUUCUUUUAUUUUUCAAUCAUUUCUUCUUUUAUUUAUUCUAUCAUUCAUUCGUUAUUCCUUCUUUCCUUCCAUUUGUUAUUCCUUCAUCCUUUCAAUCUUUCUUUUAUUUUUCAUUCAUUUCUUCUUUUAUUUAUUCUAUCAUUCAUUCGUUAUUCCUUCUUUCCUUCCAUUUUUACUCCUUCUUUCCUUCCAUCCUUCCUUUAUUUUCAUUCAUUUAUUUUCCCUUCAUUUCUUCUUUCAUUCAUUUGUUAUUCCUUCUUUUUUUCAAUCCCUCCUUUAUUUUUCACUCAUUUCUUUCUCCUUCGUCCCUUCACUUAUUCUUUCAUUCAUUUCUUCUUAUCUUCCUUCUUUGCUUCUUAUAUUUUUAUAUUUAAUUCCUCUUCCAAUUUUUUGUAAUCUACUUCCGUUUUUUUUUUCUUUUCUUUAUUCAAUAUAUCCGAGUCUACUUUAUUCCCACCUGAAUUAA